AUGUCUUCCAGUAAUGACCUGUGUUCAAUUUCCAUGUCCCAAAGAAACUCUGAUGACCUCCCUGAGACAACUUCCAGUGAUAAGAAAGGGCCUGUGUUGAGUUUUCACAAUGUCUCUUAUCAUGUAAAAGAGAAGAAAAGCUUUCCAUUUGAUCAGAAAACAACUGAGGAAAAGGGACUAUGGAAUAUCAAUAGGAUCAUGAAACCUGGCCUUAAUGCCAUCGUGGGACACCAAGGUAGAGGCAAAUCAUUGUUAUUAGAUAUCUUAGCUGCAAGGAAAGAACCAAGAGUAUUAUAUGAAAAUGUUUGGGUACAUGAGGUACCUCACCCUGACAAUUUCCAAUGCAAUUCAGGAUAUGUGGUACAGGAUGAUAUCGUAAUGAGCACCCUGACAGUGAGAGAAAACAUGUGGUUCUCAGCUUCUCUUCGACUUCCAACAACUAUGUCAAAGAAGAGAAAAAAUAAGCGAAUCAAAAAGGUCAUUGAAAAGUUAGGUCUCUGUGAAGUGGCAGAUUCCAAAGUGAAAUCUAAAGGAGAAAGAAAACUAAUUAGUAUAGGAAUGGAGUUGAUCCUUGAUCCUUCCAUCUUGUUCCUGAAUGAGCCCACAACUGGUUUAGACUGGAACACAGCAUAUAAGGUCAUUAAACUCCUGAAAAGCCUUUCAGAGCAGGGACCAACAAUCAUCUUCUCUAUUUAUCAUUCUCAGUAUUCCAUCGUCCAGCUAUUUGACAGCCUCACCAUAUUGGCCUCAGGAAAACUCAUGUACCAUGGUCCUGCCAAGAUGGCUUUGGAGUACUUCAAAUCAGCAGGUUACAGCUGUGAGCACUACGUCAAUCCUGUUGAAGUCUUCUUUGAAAUCAUUAAUGGUAUAAUAAAGCAAAAGUCAAAAGCCAACAACAGUGAAAUGCCUUCAAAGAAUGAAAAGUCAGUCAUAGAAGCAUUAGCUGAUUUUUAUACAAAAUCCUCCAUCUGUGGAGAAACAAAAUCUGAACUACAACAACUCUCAAAUGAUCAGAACAAGAAGAGCUUAUUCAGGGAGGAGAUCUCCUAUGUUACCUCUUUUGGUCAUCAGCUCAUAGUCAUCACCUGGCGUUCAUUCCAAAACUUGGUGGGUCGUCCCCAGCCCUGGAUAGCACAGAUGAUUGGGGGUCUGCCAUUAUAUCUUAGAAGCAUGGCUCCUCAGAUCUUGUGGCUUCAGUACUUCAGCAUUCCUUAUUAUGGCUUUACAGCUUUACAGCAUAAUGAAUUUUGGGGACGAUACUUCUGUCCAGCCCUCAGUAUAACAUGUGGCGAUAACUGUCCAAACUACGUAAUCUAUAAAGGCUACUUCACUGUCAACUGGGAAGAUGCAGGCAUGGUGGCAACUGACCAUACACUCCACAUACUUUUCAAAGAUUUUCCCUGA